GGGAGAACUGUUGACGAUGAACACGUUCGUUUUUGGCAUCAUUGCUGUUUCAGGACUGUGUGCCGUUCUCUGUCAUGCUGAGCGUCGGUAUCAUUUUGUUUAUGAGGAGAAGAACAUGGCCGAGGCUCUGAGCUACUGCAGAGAGAAAUACACAGACCUGGCCACCAUAGACAACGAGAACGACAUGAAGAUCCUAAAUUACAUGGCAGAUUUAGGCAAAAUGGUCUACUCAGAGUACAGCUACAGAGCCUGGAUCGGUCUGUAUGAUGACGUGAACAGCUGGAGGUGGUCUCUGACAAACGGAAGCUUCUACAAACUUUCAGAGAGCGAGUUUAUAAACUGGGCACCUGGAGAACCUAACAACGACUACAGUGAGCACUGUGGGCAGUUCUAUAACGGACGGUGGUACGAUGGACCGUGUGGAGUGAAUAUCCAGUCAAUCUGCAGCAAUGUUGCAGGGUCCAAUGUGACGUUUGUCCUCAUCAACACCGCCAUGACUUGGUCCGAGGCCCAGAGCUACUGCAGAGAACACCACACAGACCUGGCCGUCGUGAAGAACAAGGAGGACAACCAGGAGAUAACGAACCUGCUUUCUCCUGGAGAGGUUGCCUGGAUUGGCCUCAACAGGGAGUCCUGGAAGUGGACUGAUGGGAGUAACUCCACAUUUCGGUACUGGAAACGGUCAACAGAUGAACCCAAUAACAAGAUGAGAAACGAGACGUGCUUGUCAGCGGACUUUAACAGCUCUGGUGAAUGGGAGGACUGGCCAUGCUACUACAAGAGAGCGUUCAUCUGCUACAGCGUCCCAGCGGUCAAACAAGUGAUCAAAGUGAGGUUGGUGAAACACGGCUCCACUCUGGAUCUGAACGACCCUGCAGUGCUGGAGGACGUCUUAAACCAGCUCAAGCAGAAUCUGAAGGAUAGCGGGGUGAAAGGAGACGUCAGACUGAGCUGGAAGAAGCAGCCAGACGGAAAGGUGUUUCACAAAGAGGAGACGAAAGAGAGGCCGAGGAAGAGGAGGAGGAUCACAAAAAGACGAGAGGAGCUCUAAUGUUGACCACAGUUACUUCCUGCUUUAGGAAAGAGUUCUGUCCUUCUUUGAGCUUUGUGGUUUUCUUUCACUAGUUUAAAGGUUAAAGUUUAUAUUCAGUCUACAUUCAGUAAGUAAAUGUUGAUUUCACUCUUACAGCUCUGCUCUGGAAUCAGACGUAAAUAUCAGCAUGCUAACAGCCUCAGCUAACAUUAGCAUUACAAUUAUGUGGUGCUCUCACUCUGAUAGAAGACAGCAGCAUAAAUACACCAUGAGGCUGGAUCACACCAGAUAUUCAGACCUUUGCUGAUUUAUUUCAAAAACCAGUUUUACAUAAAUAUGGUCUGAAACUUCACAAGAAAUACUCAGUUAUCUUCAACUCCAAUUCCA